UCGGCUCUUGGCAGUCGCGUACCACACGCCGGUCUCGGCGCGCGUUCCGUUGCAUCACUGCACUGAGGCACGAGCACGUCGCCACCACCGCGCACGGGCCACUACUCCCUCAUUAUAUCAUUUCACCGAUACGGACGACACUGGCCUCGAAAUUUAAAACCACCUGUAAUCAGGAAAUAAAGGUGCGUGCCACAGAUGAUUGUCGCUAAUUAAGUUGAUCGGCAGCAGGCACCCAAAUAAUUGGCGUGGAGGAAGCGCACGAAGCGCAGCCCGCGACGGGCGCCCCCUUCAAUUAGUGGCACCUGUCGGACACGCGCCGCACAUUAAUUCGCACUCGCAUAAAUGCACCCGCAAAAAAUGCCAAAAUAAACUGGAACCCGAUGCACCUGCGGCAAUCAGCGGACGUGAACCAACCUGAGUACGCGACUUGGAUGUGCGAACGUCUCCAAGCAGGAUUGGGAGCCUCCAAGCUUCUGGAGAUAUGAUCAUGCUAUUUAAAGGCAACAGUAGCCGGCUGGAGCAUCUCAUUGAAAAGAUCCAGGCAAACAAAGAAAACCACGACGUCACUUCGGAGGACAUAAAAGAGGCGCUGGGAAGUGUGGGCAGUACGGCGGGCAGCUCUUGGCCGUCGUCGACGCCGGAGCCGUCACCGUCGCCAGCCUCCACCCCAACCUCGGCCGACGCUGCCGACGCAGAGGCCGAGCCACCCUUUACCCUCGGCGCCACCGAGCACACCCCUUACCAAUGCCAGUUCUGCGAUAAAGCUUUCCCCAGGCUCUCCUAUCUCAAGAAACAUGAACAGACGCAUUCGGAUCAAAUGCCCUUCCGAUGUGAGUUUUGUUCCCGGCUGUUCAAGCACAAGCGAUCCCGCGACCGGCACGUCAAACUGCACACCGGUGACCGCAAGUACCGCUGCGCUCAUUGCGAAUCUGCAUUCUCUAGAAGUGACCACCUGAAGAUUCAUAUGAAAACACACGACAAUCAGAAGCCGUUCCAGUGCACUGUCUGCAACCGAGGGUAUAAUACAGCAGCAGCUCUGACGUCACACAUGCAGGGCCACAAGCGGGAUCGCGAGGGUCGAGAGCCUGACAGGCGUAGAGCACUACGGUGUCUGAGAUGCGGAGACGCUUUCCGACGACCUGACCUGCUUCAGGCCCACAUGGUGAGCGCCCAUGGCGUUGACACAGCGGCUAUGACCCCACCCCGGCGUGUUGCAUCUCAACCGCCGCCCACGCUACUCGCCUGCAUUUACUGCACACGCGAUACCUUCACCAGCAUGGAGCAACUACAACUUCAUGUUCGUGCAGCACACUCAGCGCUGCUAAAUGGAGAGGGACCAGUCCAUGUGGAUCAGCCUGCACCUACAGAUCUAAGUCGGCGUGCUCCCGAUGAAGUACCUCCAGUGAAACGUCCUCGCUCCGGCUCGGGUACUCCUCAAACAACUUUAUCACCAAGCACACUCCUCUGCAAUCAAUGCGAUGCCGCUUUACCAGAUUUCGAAGCGUUUAGAGCUCAUUUAAAAGGACACCUGGAAGAAGGAGGAGAGCUAGGACGAUCCAGUCCCGCUCCCUGUGUUCACUGCGGUGCUACCUUUGCGGAUGCUGCAGCUUCAGAGCGUCACCUGACUGCGCACUAUUUGGCAGUUUCUUGCGAGUACACCUGCCAUAGCUGCGCUAGAAGUUUCUCUGCUCCUGAUGACCUGCAAAAACAUCUCCUCGAGCUGCAUGCUCAUCAUCUUUAUAGGUGCGCCCUAUGCAAAGAAGUCUUUGAUUCGAAAGUUGCAAUUCAGGUGCACUUUGCGGUAGCACAUAGUGGUGAAAACAAGGUGUGGGUAUGUCGUUCCUGUGGCGUGGGCGCGGGUGCUCUUCGCUCGGAAGCUGAAGGCGCUGCGCACGUCCGCUCCCGUCACGCAGCCGCUGCCCCACGUUGUGCGUGCGGUGCUUUACUUGGUAGUGGCGUAGCUGCGAGGACACCACGACCACAUCGCGCAUAUCGAUGCCCCGUUCCAGCAUGCAAUGAUGCUUUCGCAGUACAAUAUCUUCUUGAAAGGCACAUGCAAGCGCAUCAUGCAAUGCAACAACAGGUCUUAAACGGAGAACUACCAAGAGUAAAAAGAAUGGAAACAAGUAACGGUGUUGAUGGUGGCGAGGAUGCACGGUCUCCGUGUACUCCGGGGGCCGAAGGUGGUGGAGUGACCACAGCUGUUGUGGCUGCCAGUGAAGAACGACGGCGGAAGAAUGGCGCUGUCGCUCUGCAGUGUGCUUACUGCGGAGAGCGCACGCGAAGUCGCGCUGAGCUAGAAGCCCAUACUCGAGCUCAUUCCGGUGCAGCUGCUGCUAGGCACAAGUGUCUCAUCUGCGAUGAAGUACUGCCAUCUGCCGCGGUGCUAGCUGAACAUAAGUUGACACACUGCAAGGUAAUAUCGGGUGACACAUGUUCUCGGUGCCGUGCUCGUCUAUUAUCUGAGGAGUCAUUCCUUGGUCAUAUGGCGCGACAUCACCCAGCCUUGCCGGCACCUUGUGUUGUGUGUCGUCAAACAUUAGCGUCCGAAGCUGAGGCACGACUGCAUGCACGAUUUCAUCUGCGACCUGGAGAGGAUGAGCAGAGGUGUGCGAUAUGUCUACGCGCAUUGCCAGAGGGUGAGGCAGGCGAGGGAGCACGUGCUUGCUCAGCAUGCUAUGCUCGUCAUGCUGCACCUCGACCCCCACCUCCUGCCGACCACGACUGUCGCCUGUGUCGACGAGCCCUUGGUUCUCCCACCCGACUGCAGGCUCAUCUCAUCGAACAUACGUUUGCUGGCAUUGGUGCCUUCACCUGCUACUUGUGCUCAGCUGUAUUUACCAGUGCGGCAGGUUUGCAACGCCACCUGCCUGAACACGCCUCUGCACCACGACCUUACGACUGCGCGCGUUGUGGACUGAAAUUCUUUUUCCGCGCGGAGCUUGAUAAUCAUGCGUUCGUGCACCUUGAAGAGGCAGAGAUAGCACAGAGAGCCUUCUAUGAAGCUUAUGCUCGUGGUGCUGCAUCUGCGUGGGCUGCUUUGGCUCCACCAGAGCCUCAGUCGACCCCACCACAAGCUGAAGUUAAACGUGAGCCAGAGAUCAAGGAAGAGCGAGGUACAGACGAGUAUAUUGAAGUGUCGUCACCUCCUCCUGCACCACCACCGCCUGCUCCCCCCGCACCACCAUCUCCCGCCCCCGUAGUAAAACAAGAGAAGCCAGACGAGGAGUAACUGGAUGCCGCCUUGUCGUACAGUGAAUGUGUCGUCCCUGACGCGGGCAUCAAUCCCGCUGCAAUACUAGAUUACGUCCGUAAGAGCUAUGUUUAAGUGGUUAGUUUCGUUAAUUGUUAGUUGUUAAAGUUUUGCGUUCAGAACGCUGUAUUUCCUGUAAGUAGUCCAUACCUAUCGUUUAUGUUGGCUAGGAGUAUGUUUUAUAAUGUUUACAUGGCUAUUUGUAUGAACUGUUAACUUAAUAUAUUAUGUUAAGCUUCAAU